CUAAUCAUGACUUCCAAUCCGACUCAGAGACAAAAACCCUAGCCUUAUAUAUUCCUCACAUAGCAAUCCCAUGUGUCUUCCUUGCAGAAAACCUAGUUGCAGCUUCUCUAGUUCUCUGCAUCUUCCAAAGAGAGCCGAUCCAAAUCUCAAAAAAUGAAGUUUGUUGCUGCAUAUUUGCUCGCCGUCUUGGGAGGCAACACCAGCCCCUCAGCCGAGGACUUGAAGGAAAUCCUCGCAUCCAUUGGAGCUGAUGCUGAUGAUGAUAAGAUUGAGCUGUUGCUGUCUCAAGUUAAAGGAAAGGACCCUACAGAGUUGAUUGCUGCUGGUAGGGAGAAAUUGGCUUCAGUGCCUUCUGGUGGUGGUGUUGCUGUUGCUGCUGCUGCUGCCCCUGCUGCUGGAGGUGGUGCUGCAGCUCCUGCUGCUGAGGCCAAAAAGGAAGAGAAGGUCGAGGAGAAAGAGGAGUCUGAUGAGGAUAUGGGUUUCAGCCUCUUUGACUAAAUGAUUACUGGUUUCAUUUGUAUCAAGGCUUCCUUUUAUCUUCAAGCUAGUAUUCUAGUUAAAAAUUAAAAGUUUUUUGGUCUGUAGUUGGAUAUGAUAUUAGAAGUUGUUUGCAUUCUGGAAUUUUGAGUUAGAUGACGGAGAUCAGAUAUUUCACAUAUAAUUGUUAAUUCCGGGAUUUCCAUUAUUGAAUUGUUUGCCCUUCUCUCUAAAGAACCUGUUUGCAAAUGUUAUGUUUUAUAAAAGCUUGUGGGUUGUGGCUAA